GCAAGAGAAUGGUCCAGUUUGAUCCUAACCCAACGCAGCCUCAUCCGCCAUCUUCUUCUUCUUCUUCUUCUUCUUCUUCUUCUUCUUCAUCGUCUUCAAUCCUUUUUAACAAUUUUCAAGUUUUGUAAAUAAAUAAUAAAUAUUCCCUAGAUCCUCUCCUUCUCUUCCUCCAACUCACCUCCACUUUCACUUUAACUGUCAUUUUCUUUUAACUAUUUUCCUCUCCAUUUCUAACACGAAUCAUCUGAUAAUUCGUUUGUUUUUAGAUUUUUUUUUAAAAAAAUUUAAUUUUUUAAUACUGACAGGAAAUUUCCAACUGGGUUAGAGACUCAGAUCAUAAAUUUAUUUACUCACUAGUCACUACUGAAUCUGUAGUAAACUCCUUUUAACUUUUAAAGGAAACCUUCAUUAAUUAGAUUGCUUUCACUUUCUUCAAGUCUUCAACCACAUUUCUUGUUGUCUUUGAAAAAAAAAAAAAAAGAACAGAGCAAAACAGAGACCAACAUGCUCAACCCAGAUUUACUAUUGUGAUUUCUUCUGCAAAAUCUUUACCCUUUUGAGCUAAGAUCAAAAUUUUUUGACUUGAAGAAGAAGGUAAAAAAGGCUUGGUCAACGCUACCAAAAAGUCUUUGGUUUUGCCGUUGACGUGAGAAUCCAGUCCUUUCGUUUUUGUUUUAGCAGCAGCCGGAGGGAAAAGUAAAAUGCAACAGAAGGGUUUAAACUAGAAGGUGUAGUUGGAUUUAUAAAUGGGGAGUGGUAGAAGACGAAGGAAGCAACAUUUCAGAAGGAUUCACGCUUUUCCAUGUGGUAGAGCUUCAUUCAAAGAUGAACACUCUUUAAUUGGAGGGCCAGGAUUCUCCAGGGUAGUUUACUGUAAUGAUCCAGAUAGUUUUGAGGCUAGCCUUCUUAACUAUGGAGGCAAUUAUGUCAAAACUUCAAAGUAUACUGUCGCUUCAUUCUUCCCCAAAUCAUUGUUUGAGCAAUUCAGAAGGGUUGCCAACUUGUACUUCCUUCUUUGUGCUUUGCUAUCCUUUACCCCUCUUUCGCCAUAUUCGCCUGUCAGCAAUGUUCUUCCUCUUGUUGUUGUUAUUGGAGUCACCAUGGGCAAAGAAGCUCUUGAAGAUUGGAGGAGAACCAAACAGGAUAUGGAGAUGAAUAACAGGAAAGUGAAAGUACAUAUUGGAGAUGGUGAGUUUGUUGAGACUAAAUGGAUGGACUUGAGAGUUGGGCAUGUAGUUAAAGUGGAGAAGGAUGAAUUCUUCCCUGCUGAUCUCAUUUUACUUUCUUCGAGUUAUGAGGAAGCGAUUUGCUACGUCGAGACGAUGAAUCUUGAUGGAGAAACAAAUCUAAAACUGAAAAACGCAUUAGAAGCAAGCUCGAACCUACAUGAUGAUUCAAGCUUCCAGAAUUUCAAGGCUAUAAUAAAAUGUGAAGACCCCAAUGCAAAUUUGUAUUCCUUCGUAGGUAGUAUGUUGCUCGACGAACAACAACAUCCCCUCAGCCCUCAACAACUUCUUCUUCGAGACUCAAAGCUUCGGAACACGGAUUUUAUAUAUGGGGUGGUGAUUUUCACUGGUCACGAUACGAAGGUUAUUCAAAACUCAACAGAUCCUCCUUCCAAGAGAAGCAAAAUUGAGAAAAGGAUGGAUAAGAUCGUGUUCUUUCUGUUUGCUGUCUUGGUUUUGUUAUCAGUCGUUGGGUCAAUUUUCUUUGGUGUUAAGACUAGAGACGACUUAGAAAAUGGAAGAGCUACGAGAUGGUACCUCCGGCCAGAUGAUACCACAACCUAUUACGACCCCAAAAAUGCUCCAGCUGCAGCAGUAUUGCAGUUUUUGACUGCUCUUAUGCUUUUUAGCUAUUUGAUUCCCAUAUCAUUGUAUGUGUCCAUUGAAAUUGUCAAAGUUCUGCAGAGUGCCUUCAUCAACCAAGAUCAACAUAUGUACCAUGAGGAGACUGAUAAGCCAGCUCAUGCCCGUACCUCAAAUUUGAAUGAAGAGCUUGGCCAAGUUGACACCAUUCUUUCCGAUAAAACGGGUACAUUGACUUGCAAUUCAAUGGAGUUUAUCAAGUGUUCGGUGGGUGGUACUGCAUACGGGCGAGGAAUUACAGAAGUGGAGAGAGCUCUUGCAAGAAGAAAGGAGUCAACUUUACCUCAAAAAUUAGGGGCCGACUAUGCACGUCUUAGCGGCGAAAAAACAUUCGUUAAGGGGUUCAAUUUCAAGGACGAAAGAAUCAUGGAUGGUAAUUGGGUGAAUGAGCCUCGAGCCAAUGUAAUACAGAAGUUCCUGCAGCUUCUGGCUAUUUGCCAUACUGCAUUGCCCGAAAUUGACGAGGAAACUGGAAAUAUAUCUUAUGAAGCUGAAUCACCAGAUGAGGCAGCUUUUGUGAUUGCGGCCAGAGAAUUUGGUUUCGAGUUCUAUGAAAGGACUCAGACAAGCAUUUCAUUACGGGAGUUCGAUCCAACCUCAGCCAAAAAAGUUGAAAGAUCAUAUCAGCUACUGGAUGUUUUGGAGUUUAAUAGCACAAGAAAACGGAUGUCUGUGAUUGUAAGAGAUGCAAAGGGAAAACUACUACUUCUUUGUAAAGGAGCUGACAGUGUUAUGUUUGAAAGACUUGCAAAGAAUGGAAGUGAGUUUGAAGAACAAACAAAGGUGCACAUAAACGAGUACGCCGAUGCUGGUUUAAGAACUUUGGUUCUAGCAUAUCGUGAGCUGAAAGAGGAGGAGUUUAAUGCAUUUCAUCAAGAGUUCAUCAAAGCGAAAAACACAGUAAGCACAGAUCGCGACGACAUAAUCGAUCAGUUGACAGAAAGCAUCGAGAAAGAUUUGAUUCUUCUUGGUGCUACAGCAGUUGAAGAUAAACUUCAAAAUGGGGUCCCUGAAUGCAUAGACAAACUUGCUCAGGCUGGAAUUAAAAUAUGGGUUCUGACAGGUGAUAAGAUGGAAACAGCCAUCAACAUUGGCUUCGCCUGCAGUUUACUUAGACAAGGAAUGAAGCAAAUAAUUAUCAGCUCAGAGACUGCAGAAGGAAAAGCUUUAGAUAAAGUCGAAGAUGUACAGAAAUCUGCAGCUAUCAAGGCAUUUAAAACAAGUGUAGCUCAACAAAUAACUGAUGCGAAAGCACUACUUACAUCCUCGAGCGAAACCCCAGAAACAUUGGCUUUGAUAAUUGAUGGAAAGUCCCUCACCUACGCUUUGGAGGAUGAUGUGAAGGACCUAUUUCUGGAGCUUGCCAUUGGUUGUGCUUCAGUCAUAUGCUGCAGAUCUUCUCCUAAACAGAAAGCACAAGUUACCCAAAUGGUUAAGGUUAAGACAGGCAGCACCACUCUAGCAGUUGGUGAUGGUGCAAAUGAUGUCGGAAUGAUACAAGAAGCGGAUAUCGGGAUCGGUAUUAGUGGUGUAGAAGGGAUGCAGGCAGUCAUGUCAAGUGACAUUGCAAUCGCACAGUUUCGAUACUUGGAACGGCUGCUCCUUGUGCAUGGACAUUGGUGUUACAGAAGGAUCUCUUCCAUGAUAUGCUAUUUCUUCUACAAGAACAUUGUUUUUGGGUUCACUCUAUUCUUCUUUGAGAUGUAUGCUUCAUUCUCCGGCCAAGCUGUAUAUAAUGACUGGUUCCUUUCACUGUAUAACGUCUUCUUUACUUCUCUCCCUGUGAUUGCAUUGGGAGUGUUUGACCAAGACGUCUCAUCCCGGUACUGUCUUAAGUUCUCACUUUUGUACCAAGAAGGUGUCCAAAAUGUGUUAUUUAGUUGGGUUAGAAUUUUCGGAUGGGUGUUCAAUGGGCUACUCAGUUCUGUCAUCAUAUUCUUCUUUUGUGUUGGGGCAAUGGACCAUCAAGCUUUCCGCAACAGCGGAGAGGUCGUCGGGUUGGAAAUUCUUGGUGCCACCAUGUACACUUGUGUUGUUUGGGUUGUCAACUGCCAAAUGGCAUUGUCCAUCAGUUACUUCACAUACAUUCAACAUCUCUUCAUCUGGGGCAGCAUCGUUCUUUGGUACUUAUUCCUCAUGGCAUAUGGAGCUAUAAACCCAACCAUAUCAACCACAGCAUUUCAGGUAUUCAUUGAGGCCUGUGCCCCGGCACCAUCGUUUUGGAUGCUCACACUAUUGGCUUUUGGAACUUCCCUCCUUCCAUACUUCGUCUUUGCAUCAAUCCAAAUGCGCUUCUUCCCAAUGUAUCAUCAAAUGAUUCAAUGGAUAAAAGCUGAUGGACAGUCGAACGAUCCAGAAUACUGUCAAGUAGUGAGACAAAGAUCAUUACGACACACAACCGUCGGUUACACAGCCCGGUUCGAAGCAUCAAAACAUUUUGAAGAAUUUUCAGAAAUUAAGAGUCAUUAGUUUAAUUUUCUGAUAAGAUUUUUUACCAUAAAAAGAUUUAAAACAUUUUUUCAUAGGAAGUUUCUUCUCGGUGUAUAUAUUUAUAUAUUUAUACAACAUAUGUAUAUAAGAUUCUUGUGUAGUUCGAUCCCUUUGCAACUUAAGUGACCAUUCCAAACUCAAAUGGUCAAAAAUUUUCUUCCUUUCAUAAAUUUUUUAAGAAAUAUGUCAAUUCUUGUAUUCAAUCAUAUAUUUCAAAUAAUCAUUGAGAAGUUCUAACUCUA